GCAGAGGUCAGAGCAGCAGUCAGUACAGCUCCUGCAUUACCACAGAGUAGCACAAUCUGUGUCACUCUUUACGCUUUUAUUGUUGUGUUUCGCAGGAAUUAUCUGGUGGGACGGUUAACUUGACUCUUUUGUUGGUUCAGGUCGUUCUCAAACUCGCGCCGAAAUGAGUGUGACGGUGCCUUCGGAAAAAGUCUUUCUGACGGCGCUGCAGCCCAAUUUUACCGUCAGUACUUACGCGGUACCGUCCGAAAACGAGCUCUCGCACACCGGGACACAUGCCAAAGAGGACUCCAGAUUUAAACGUGUACACCAGCAGGUGUCCAUGAGAAUGGCGGAGAAAUCCACUCUUCCGCGCCAGAACGGCUCUUCGUCACAACACGCAGCCUCAGAGUCUGGAAAAUACUCAACUAUGACAAAAUAUCAGACCCAGAGCUUCACCCCAAGUUUUAGCUCAAAAUCAUACGUCUAUAAUGCAAGCAGACCAAUGGUGUCACAGCAUUCACAGUUAUCUGGUAGAGGUUACUCAUCCCGCUCUGCCAUCGAUUUUGCUCCAAGAACCAAAAUUAGCUACUCAGGAGGAGGUGGUGGUGGUGGAGGCUACCAAGAAGACUUUGUGAGUGGAAGUUACCAGAGUGGUGGUUUACAGAGUGCCGGUUUCCAAAGUGGCGGUUACCAAGUUGGUGCUGGCCAGCAGCAAGCCAACACAAUGACUCGUUCCUUCAGUCGAAUGGGGGGUGACCAAGACACCGUGUCAGUGCAUUCCAUGCGUUUAUCGUCCGUUCCUCGGCAGGCUGUUUCUUCCUGGGUUGGACAAGACGACAGUGAUGGCAGUCUGGUUUCAGAACGCGACGCAACGUAUACACAACAAGCCUGCACCCGCAGUAUGAGCGACGGCUACACAGCCAGCACCUACCCACGCCAGUCUUUGUACUCGUCGUCCAGAGUGAACGGCCAUGAUGGCGAACAGCAGCAGGUCAAAUCCAUGACACUACCACACAUGCAACGCUCUCUGAGUGGAACACUCAUGACUGCCAGUGGAGGCAGCAUGGAGCAGGAAGUUUACACUCGACAGCCAUCCUACAAAGGCCCCGCCCACCGUACCAUCAGCAGAAUCAACAAUCGACAACAGAUUCGCGUAGGCACUGUUCCACCUAUCAUGUGUGGUAGUGCUGGAGGUGCAUUUAGUGGUUCCCAGGGCAACCUAGCCAUGAUGCAGCAGGGAAGGCUGUCACGUGCGGGCUCCGUGAGGAGUAUGCACAGUGUUGGGAGGGGCAAGGAUGUUUUUGACGGCAUGGAUAUGUGUGGCAGUAUGGGUAACCUGAACGGAAUUAAUGAUCUGGACAUGCCUACUGCCAUAUUCUAUCUGGAUCAGUCCGAUCCAAACCUUCAGAUGCAGGGAGCUGCCUACAUCCAGCACGAGUGCUACAAUAACAGCGAUGCUAAGAAAAAGGUGAAUGAGUUGAAGGGAAUUCCAUCUCUUGUGCGGUUAUUCAACUGUGGGAAUCAGGAGGUACAGCGCUAUGCAACCGGAGCCGCCAGAAACCUCAUCUAUGAGAACAUGGAGAACAAAGUGGCCCUCAUUGAAGCUGGCGGGAUACCUCAACUCAUUGCAGCCCUGAAAGACCAAGACGACGAACUCCGCAAGAACAUAACAGGUAUUUUGUGGAAUCUCUCCUCUAAGGAUAACCUGAAAGAAAAGUUGGCAAGAGAAACUCUUCCUGAAUUAACUGACAAGAUUCUGAUUCCCCUCUCCGGCACCGGAGAGCAGGAAAUCUUUGAGCUGAGCCCAUCAGAGUCAGAUAUCUUCUUGAACACCACUGGUUGUCUCAGAAACUUGAGCUCAGUGAAGGGGAAGACCAGACAGCAGAUGAGAGAGAGACAUGGCCUUGUAGAUGCUCUGGUUGGCUAUGUUCAGAAAUCCUUGAACGACAGUAAAGUGGAAGAGAAUGGUGUGGAGAACGCUGUGUGUGCAUUGAGGAAUCUGUCCUAUCAGCUGUACAAUGAGAUCCCCCCAUCAACACUGGCUCGUUUGGAGGGUCCUAGUCGAGCUCAAAGCUCUUCAAAAGGAGAAGCCAUUGGCUGUUUCGCACCUCAGAGCAAGAAGGCCAAAGAUUGGCAAAAUCAGGACCUCGCAACAUUCAAAGAGGUGUCAAAGCAGCCCAGUGGCAUAGAGUGGCUUUGGCACCCAAAGAUUGUGGAGCUGUACAACCAGGUGAUGCAACACUGUGAGAACAAUAGCACCACACGGGAGGCUGCUGCUGGAGCCCUGCUGAACAUCACCACUGGAGACACGAGGUGGGCAUCCAUCCUGAGUCGCGUAGCGUUGGAGCAACAGAGGGUGUUGCCGGUGGUUUUGGAUCUUCUAAAGACCAACAACAAUCAAGAACUCCGUUCUCUCACUGGGCUGCUCAGAAACCUCUCCCGUCAUGCCAAAGACAAGAACGACAUGGCCACAAAGAUGGUUAAUCCUUUGAUCAGCAAGCUUCCCUCCGAUGGCCGCCAAAAGGAACCAUCAAGUGACGUGGUGGUGAACAUCUGUGGUGCCCUCAACAACCUGGUGGCCAGCAGCAGUGUGGCGGCACGAGACAUCUCCUUCUUUGAUGGUCUGCCCAAACUGGCGGGCAUCAAAAAUUGUCAUGACAGCAGCCCCAGCAAACUGAAUGCAGCCAAAGCAGCGGCAACGGUGCUAACCAACAUGUUCUAUUACAAGAAACUACACAAAGAUUACUCAAAAAAAGGGUUCGAGAGAGAAGAUUUUGCAGAAAUGGUCUGAUUUAUACACCAUAAAAAGAAAAAAAGACAAUGCAUAAAGAAAACUCGGUUAUACUGCCACAGAAAUGGACAACCACACCAAUAACAUAAUGACAUAUUCUAAAACAAAUGUGUAUAACACAAACAAGACUUUAUUACAAUAUCAUGCACAUUAAGCACUCUCCUAAAUAGCCUUUUUCCAUUUUUGAGUUAGAAACGUUUUUUUUUUUUGUUUAAUCCUCAUGGAUGUAUUGUAACGUAUGCCUAAUUUUUUUAUUAUUAUGAUUAUUUUUUUUUUUUUAAGUUUCACAAAUUUACAUGAA